AUGGACAACAGGGAACUUCAGACAGAACACUGUCUCAGCUCAAGCUCCUCCAUGGGCUCUGAGUACCAAUCGGAUCUCUGCUUCCCACAGCUAGGCAACAUCUCCUGCAAGAAGCUUACGUAUGACGGGUCUUUGAGUUUUCUUUUUUUCAGAGUCUUCCUGUCCAUCGUCUGCGUCCUCACUGUGCUGCUCAACCUCCUCGUCAUUAUCUCUGUCUCCCACUUCAGGCAGCUCUACACCCCUACCAACAUCCUCCUCCUCUCCCUCGCCAUCUCUGACGUCCUGGUGGGCUUGGUGGCGAUGCCACUAAUGAUCAUCAUGAGCACCGCCUGCUGGUUUUUUGGUCCCAUGGCAUGUGUUCUCUGGAAUUACCUGACUUUCAUUUGUCAGUCUGCCUCUGUAGGAAACAUGGUGCUGAUAUCAGCAGACCGUUUCCUGGCUAUUUGCUAUCCUCUGCAUUAUACUGUCAAAGUCACUGACAACUUGGCUGAUCCCGAAUUGUUUCACACUUGCAUUGGAGAAUGUUUCAGCAGUUUCGGUGUUAUCGGAGGCAUUCUGGACUUCAUCGUCAACUUCUUUCUUCCUCUAAGCAUUAUUGUCACGCUGAACAUGAGAGUAGCAAAGAAAUCGGAGCUGAAGGCCGCCAACACCCUGGGUGUUCUCGUUCUGGUCUUUCUGCUGUGUUUCUGUCCAUUCUACAUCGUCCCUCUGCUGGUUAGAGAACAUAAGAACUCGAGUUCAGUGGUGGAUUAUGUCUAUUAUUUGUAUAAUUUGAACUCGUGUGUGAACCCCUUGAUUUACGCCGCCUUCUACCCCUGGUUUAGAAGAGCUAUUAAGCACAUUGUCACUUUGCACAUAUUUCAGCCUGGCUCCUGUGACACCGACAUAUUGAAAACUAAACGUGCUCACAUAUGA